UCUGAAUAUCGCGACCUCCACCAGCUCUUUAUACUUAUUGCUCGUACGAUUCCAGAACAUCAUCGUUGUUCUCAUCACAUUAACUACAUUUUAGCUUGCAUGUUGGCUCAUGUUCCUCCGCCUAUCACACCUAUUCAACAUCUAGCGACCUUCCAUCAAGGUAAUAUUCCCCCGCAAACACCAUCGGUCAAGGACACUCAAUUACCACAUCAAGAAUUAGGCGACGUAGGAUCGUGCCGUCACAAUCCUGGAAGCCAGAAAGCUUCACAUGCCCCCUCGGCCGAGAACCCCAUGUGCUCAUCUACCCAACGUGCCUCAGCUCCCCCCCAGAACAAACACCUACCCCCAGCAGUUCACGACACCUCCAAGCCGAGGAGCGCAGGGAUCUUACCCCAGAUUCCGCCCUUCCUCCCCCCUGAACACCCCCGCUGA